CAUGUGUCAGAAAAUAUUCUAUCAAAAGCGUAGCAAAUAAAUAAGCCCAAAAGGCAGAGAAACAGAGAAGCAGAGAAAUAUUGGAAACAGAACAUGUGUUAGUGCGUUUAUGUGAGACUGAGAGCGAGUAUUUACUUGAAUAGCGAUGAUUUCAUUGCCGUUCAGUUGUUAAAGCAACCUCGAAGUAAGUGGACGUGUUUGAAGUAAACUCUAAAAAUCAAGUGAAUUACAAAGUACAUCGAGAAAGAUUCAUUUUUGUUAAUAAAAGUACUUAAUUCGAUAAGUUAAUAACAAAAUGUCGCAAAAACGUGUAACUGUUAAUACGCGCGUCUCGCGCACAUCUACCCCAAUUGGCGGGGCCUCUCGUUUGGGUGCCACGAGCCCUACUAGUCCUACACGUACAAGUCGUAUGCAGGAGAAGCAGGAGCUGCAACAGUUAAACGACCGUUUGGCUUGCUACAUUGAACGUAUGCGCAAUCUGGAAAGUGAGAAUUCUCGCCUAUGCCGUGAAUUGCAAGUGGCUCAAGAUACGGUCAAUCGUGAAUCAAGUAACAUCAAAGAAAUGUACGAAAAGGAAAUAUCGGCGGCGCGCAAGCUUUUGGAUGAAACCGCUAAAGAAAAGGCCAAACUUGAAAUAGACAUCAAACGCCUCUGGGAAGAAAACGAUGAUCUUAAGCAAAGAUUAGAUAAAAAGACCAAAGAAUAUCAAAUUGCUGAGAAUAGCUCUCGUGUUUAUGAAUCUCGUUACAAUGAAGUCAAUGGAAAAUAUAAUCAAGCUAUACUGGAUCGCAAGAAGGCUGAGGAUCAGGCAAAAGAUUUGGGCGCCGAAAAUGAUCGUCUGCGUAAACAAUUGGAUGACUUGCGCAAACAAUUGGAAGCAGAAACUUUGGCUCGUGUUGAUCUUGAAAACCAAAAUCAAAGUUUGCGUGAAGAAUUAACUUUCAAAGAUCAGGUACACACCAAAGAACUAUCCGAAACCCGUUCCAGACGUCAAAUCGAAAUUACCGAACUAGAUGGUCGUUUAACGAAACAAUAUGAAGCAAAAUUGCAAGAGUCACUACAGGAACUUCGUGAUCAGUAUGAAUCCCAAAUGCGCGCCAAUAGAGAAGAAAUAGAAUUGCUCUAUGACAAUGAAAUUAAGAAUCUAAAGGCUGCUGCAAAUCGCGCCGCAAAUACUUCAGCUAAUGCAACAGAAGAAAUCCGUAUUACGCGCACUAAAAUUGAUCAGUUACAAGCCAAGAUAAAUGAUUUGGAAAAUAAUAACUCUGCACUAAAUACUCGUAUACGUGAAUUGGAGAACUUGCUAGAUUCUGAACGCGCACGUCACAAUCAAUACGUGGCCUCAUUAGAAGCCGAUUUGAAUCGUAUGCGAGAAGAGAUGGCACUACAAUUGCAAGAGUAUCAAGAUUUAAUGGAUAUCAAAGUGUCCUUGGAUUUAGAAAUUGCGGCAUAUGACAAAUUGUUAUGUGGUGAAGAAAGUCGCCUUAACAUUCCAUCUCCAAGUCGUAACAAUUCUGAUGCUGCACAAGCAAAUGGAUCAUCUCAUUUACACGUUUCAAAUCGGUCUGCAUAUCGUUCAGGUCGUGUUACACCAAGUGGGCGCCGAUCUGCUACGCCAGGAGCUGGUGGCAGUGCUAUUAAACGUCGUCGUACAGUUAUUGAUGAAUCCGAGGAUCGGAAUUUAUCAGAAUUCUCUGUAAAUUCAGCAGCUAAGGGUGAUUUACAAAUACAAGAGGCAGACGCAAACGGACGCUUUAUUAAAUUAUUCAAUAAAAGCACUGAGGAAGUUCAUUUAACUGGUUGGCAAUUAACACGUAUUGCCGGAGAUGAAGAACUUGCUUUCAAGUUUUCUCGUGGUGCUAAGAUCGGAGGUGGUGACAGUGUCACAAUAUGGUCAGUUGAUGCAGGUGUUGCUCAUGAACCACCACAUAAUUUGGUUAUGAAAAAGAAGUGGCCUGUAGCUGACUCCAUGCGAAGUGUAUUGGCGAAUGCCGACAAAGAGGAUGUUGCCAGCUACGACCGUAUCCGUACAAACGUUUCCAGUCACGCUUCCCGUCACCGAACCACAGGCAGUGGAUUUACCCUCGGUUCUGGUGCAGGAUCUACAGGCAUGAGAAGCCUUUUCUCACUACUAUUCUAAACUUCGGCAAUAACUGUACUACUACUACAAUGGAUGAAUUAAUUUUAAUUUCUAUUAUAAGUUAAGAUGAUGCAUUAAACAUAUCCUUAAAAAUGUUACUAUUAUUUUCUGAAUUGUAAAAUAUCACCCAAAAUUAAUUCUAAAUAAGAACUAAAAUCAAUGUGUUCAUUAAAAAAAUAUAUAUAUAGAUAAUGUAUGUUUUUAUACAUAUGCAUACAAAUUUAUGAUAUUAAACUAUCAUACAAAAUAAAAAACAUUGUUAAACAAUUAAAUAGAAUUUAUAGAAACAAAUCACAAU